ACAUGAACGAGGUCCUGGCGCUCUUCUCGCUAGGAUGCGAGCUGAGCAACCUCAAGCAGGAGAAGGAGGCACUGCGAUGCUUCCUGGCAAUUCGCAUGCCAUCCUCGCCCGCGACGCUGUCGGUUGGACAAUUUGAGAUCGUCGACAUGUACAUCGCGGAGUUGUACCUCACUCUUGCAAUGGAAGGUGAACAGAAUCAUGCAAAGACGUACAGGUUGCCUGAUGCUGCACGAAUUCUCCAACGUGUUCCGCAUCAACAGCGUGGGUCCACGUCGUUGCCGUUUCCUCGCCACGAGUGGGGCGUACGACGACAUCGAUGCGAGUGGAUGCUCAAGUGUUUAGCUGAUCCCUUUGCCCAUCGCACCCAUGUUGAAUUACUGUGUCAAGGCAUUCGAAUGUGCGAGCAAGCCCACGACCUCGCCACAUGGCUCACUUGGUAUCGGUGUGCACUACGGCAGCAGCUCAACCAAAUCCACGUGAUGUGUUGCCUGUCUCGUUCAUCUUCGCCAACUUCCAUUCCCUCUACAUUCCGCGAUUGUGCUAUGCUUGCAUACGACACCUUGGCUCCAACCACAUCCAGCGAUUCCUUCAAGCUAUGGCUCCUGGAAGUUCUGUGCCACUCGCUACUGGAACAGUCGGUGAUCUCGACGGACGACUCGUCGAAAUUGUUUUCGUUCUGCGAUACAUUCUCGACACAGCAUCCAAGUCGUCCAGACCUUCGCAUGUACUUCUUAGUGCUGCACAUUCUCCUCCUCUUUCGCACGGGCGACGUCAUCCGCGCACGCCCACUUGCGGACGAGCUCCUUGCGCUGUCUCAAGUAACAACGCAUCCCCACUUGAUGCCUCCAUCUUGGCGCCAACUUCCUGCCCUGCUCCAUCUCCAAGUCCAUUCGUACUACAAUCCCACCGCUUCCAUGACUCUUUCGUCCGCCCUCUUAUCCAGCUUGCAGACAGAACCCCGGGACGCCCCACCGUUUCUCUGGUUUGACGCACACCUUACAAUCUGCCACCUCCUCGAAGCCCAAAGCCGGUUCGGGGAGCUCGCGACCCUCGCGUCGGAGCUGGUCCAUGUCGUAGAACUGCCCAGCGUGGCCGAGUCCGCGCGAAGUUCGUCCAUGUGCACGGCUGUCCACAUUCUGCUGGCCAAGUAUGCCCACGGAUUGAACUGCAUGGACGACGCCAUCAACCAUGUGAAUGCUGCGUUCGCGCUGAUUUUGGCCAACACCCCGCAAUGGCCGCAGCUUUCAGAUGCCAACCUCGCGCACAUGAUGGGGCUCCUGGACGUGUCGACUGCGUUGUCAUGCUUCCCGCUGCCCAAGACCGACCCUGGCGGCGCUGUCCCAUCCGUCCACCCGUACUUUCCCGAUGAAAACCUGCUUGAAUUUGCUGCGGGAGUGCUGCGCGAUGUGAACCUCCGCGCGGUCAUUUACAACGGCCCGAGCAAGGAAAUCCGAGCCAAAUACGAUCUGUACUUGUGCAAGUGGCUGUGGGGCACGCAAUGCCUCGGUCAAGUCGGAACUUACCCAGAUAUGGACACCCUCCGCAGCUACAUGCUGUCGAUGCUUCAGGACUGCUUGGAACUCGCGACAACCUCGAUCAACUGCUCCAACAUCUCCGCCGAGAUCAUGGUGCUGUUUGGCCCAAAACUCGUCGAGUAUGGGAGACUCCAAGACGGCGACAAAACGUUGACGAAUGCGUUGAAAAUUGCGAUCCACACGAAAAACCUCAAGCUGCAAGUUCAGAUCAUGAUCGAAGUGCAUGCAUUGUGCGGUCGAAAAGAUCAAUUCAAGUCGCAGUCGGUGGUGGCGGAAAAGUUUGCCAAGAAACUGGAGUCGUUGGGGCGGAAGGUCGACCGUGCGCUGGAAAACCACGCAGUUCACGCUCACUUGCUUGCGUGGAAAGUGCACGAAACAACAUGAACGUUGUGGAGAUAAGAAAAUGAGUCAUUACAAUCGCGAAAGGGUGCUGGAUGCAUGCCGUACGAUCGUCUGGACGGGCACGUUGUCCGCCCGCAUGGCUUGUGCGGCGGCCGAACCCGUCAUCUCGGAC